UCUCCGCCUUUCUCCCCCUACAACAGCCUCCCGCCCUCGUUUUAUUUAUUUAUUUUUAAACAGAUCUGAGAUCCCAUUGGAGGGAGUUCAGUAAAUGAGGACAAUUCCAGGACUGCGUGGUUUCUGCCGUUACUCUGGCAUUGAAUUGCCUCCGCGACUCACGAAUGAGUUAAUGUUGGGCUGCGAAAUCUAACCAGGAGGAAGAAGAGAGAGCGAGAGAAAAGCAGGCGUUGGUAGUGGUUGAGGGUCUCCGAGAAGAUACAUUUUUUUUCUUUUUUAAAUCUCCUCGGUAGUUAUCUUGCAGCAGAUGCUCUUGCGAGAGCGGAUCGUUCCUCUGCAAGCUUCCAGAAGUGAGCCGAUAGAGAUGCAUCAUCGCAAAGGAACCGCACUGACCUUUACUUAUUUCUAAAGAAACGCUGUAAGGCUAAGUAACACGAUGGCCAAAGGAACUGAUCAUGAGAUGAGGAAUCUUUCAUCUCCAGCCUCACAAUCCCUCAAUGAUGAAAGUACCACAGGAAGUGAGGAACCCAGCAAAUGCAUACUUGCAGUCUCUGACAGUGAAGUUGAUUCAGCAACAUCACUUGCCUUAGAAAUGAAAUAUGCAUUGGAUCCCAAUCGGCAAAUCAAGAAAAGAAACAAAGCUCUACAGGUGAGAUUCAAAGACAUCUGCGAAGCCCAGAAUGAGCAAAGGGACAAACAACUUUCUUUGUUACAGCAGACUGACCAAAAGGAAGCAAAACCCAUCUCUUACAGAGCAGCUUACCGAAAAUACAUGACAGUGCCUGCCCGAAGAUCAAUCCCUAAUGUUACUAAAAGUACAGGAGUUCAGACUUCGCCUGAACUUAAAAAGUGUUACCAGACCUUCCCUUUGGACCGGAAAAAGGGAAAUGUAAUCAAAAGCAUAGCUUCAGUUGAUACUUUUCCAAGUCAAAACAAUGGAUUCCUAAUUGAUAUUAAAGAGAAAGACAGCAAAAUCUCAGGAGAGGCUGUUCAGUGCAGCAAGAAAGUUCCUGGAUUUGUGACAGCUGAAUUUAUUUCACAUACUAAUGAACGCAGGAACGCAAUAGAGCCGUUUUCUAAGGACAACUGUUUGGAGACAUGUAUAAGCACUGAUUUGCACAGCUGUAGUAAAGAACCUCCUUCUGUACAGGAUUCAGCAGCUUCAGUUUUAGAAGAGCCUGAUUACCAGCUGCAUGACAAAGCAAAACACCAUACUGGGCCAUUGAGGUACGAGGAAGCUAAUCCAGCCAGCCAAGGAAAAGUGUUCAAAACAGAAGUAGCUUCUAUCUACUUGCCCGCAUCUGGUUCACACACAUCACUGGCUGACCAGCAACAUUCUGCAGCAACAGGGAAUGACUGGUCCCUGUGUCCAGCCGAGGAGGAAGACAGAAAAAGAACUCUGCAUCUUAAUGGUCUGCUGUCACAAGCUGUGAGUACAGCUCAGGCCUGUCCCACACAGGCACAGUGCCAGUCUACCCAAUGUAACGAACAGACCCUUCACAUAAAUGUUUCACCUAUGGAAGGAAAACAGCCUUGUCAGACAGCAGUUGCUGUGAGUGAAAGAUGUCAACAAAUUGUGCCUCACACUGAAGUGGUAGAUUUGAAAGCACAGCUACAGAUGAUGGAGAAUCUGAUCAGCUCCAGUCAGGAAACCAUAAAGGUCUUGUUGGGUGUUAUUCAGGAGUUGGAAAAGGGAGAAGCUCAUAGAGAAGGAUAUUGUUCCAAGGGGAAAAACUUUAUGUCGAAAUCGGACCUUGACUAUGUAAUGAAAGCUUCUUCUCAUUUGUUGAGACUUGACCCAUUAAAGCUUUCAUAUCGGACUGGUCAAGACACUUCCAACUGUGACACAUGUAGGAACAGUGCGUGUAUAAUCUAUAGUGUGGAAUUAGAUUUUAAGCAGCAAGAAGACAAACUUCAGCCAGUUCUGAGAAAACUUCACCCUAUUGAGGAAACUCAGGUUGCACCUUUGCCUUAUUCUCAGGAGAGUUACUCCUCAACUCCCAAGCAAAAAUCCAAAACUGAAUCAAAAAAGCAUGGAAGAUGGAAACUCUGGUUUCUUUAAUUAAAUCCGUAUUAUAUGGAAUUUAAGGUCGCCUUCAUUAAAAAAAAACUACAUCCACAUGAACUUGUGGAGUUUUUUUUAAAAAAGGAUCUUAGUAAUUUGAACAGGUGACUGUCAGCAAGUGUUACUCUGACAAUAUUAAGAAAGCAUUCUUUCUCACCAUAUGUACCAAAAAAGGCCUUUGUUACCUAUGAAUGAACUUUCAGGAGUAAGGCAUUCAAAUUGCAUACCUUGUCAACUUUUUAAUUUGAAUUUCACCAAUGUGGGAAGAAUUUUUAAAGCCAGGAUAGAAAUUCAUGUUAGCAAAAGGAAAAAGUAUAAUUACUUGCCCAGCAUUCCUUUGUUAAAAAUAACAUGUUAAUGGUGUUUUUCAAAGUCUAGAUUUUGUUUUAAUUCCUUGGUUUCUUUCUUGUAAAAGAAAAGGGCAGAAUAUUUUCCCCCUGAAGUUGUUCACUGUAUAUUUAAUUUUUCAUAUAUGAUGCUAGGGUGGGUAGAACCAUUUUCAGCACAUAGAUAUCCUGAGGAAAGCACAAUAUUUUCAAUGGUCUGAGACCAUAAAUAAUCUUUAAGAUGCGAUUAUGUGUAUACUUGCCUUUAUGUGCUGUAGCAUUAUGCCAAGUGAUUGCACCUCAGUGAAAUGCUGGCAUCUUUAAUUUACUGUCAUUUUCAUCACAUAACCUACUGCUCACUUUAAAUGGUGAGCAGUCAAAAGCCACCUAAAGUCAGGGCAUGCCUUGAAUUACUGGCAGUUGACAGGGUCAAAGCUAAGGACACUAAGCUCUCUUAGAUAUUAUUUUUAAUCUGUUGGUACCCAACAGCUAAAACUGUAUGUUCUGGCACCAUAUUUGAAAUGAGGGAAGGGAAGAGAUGCAUAACAGUAACAGAUCAUUGGCAGUUGCCACAAUUUAAUACACUUUUGUAAUUUAGUCUCAAGAAAACACUAUUCUUGACACACUGUGCCAGAAAUUUUAUAAUCUAUUGUGUUUUUCUUUUUUAAGAGUUCACAAGAGCCUGGAAGUUUUGCACAUUAAAGGAAGAUGCUGAACCAUCCUAAUCCUUCUACUAAAAUAGUAUUAGCAAAUGAGAAUGUUGAAUGAAAAUGUUGUGCAAUUGACAGUUUAAGAGUAAUUACACAUAUUGAACAAAAACUCUACUAGUUAUUUUUAGACACUUUUAAUUCCAUCAGUUUCAGUGGCAGGGGAUCAAGCACAAAAUUAACUGUCCACUAUUUCCUGUAUUUAAAUAAUAUCUCUGAAAAAAUAUUAUGUGAGCUUUCUUUGGAAAAAAAAUUAUACUUCCAAUUUCAAUAAGGUAUCUGGGAAGUUCUAGAUACAUGGUUUAUCUCAAAUUAUAUAGGUUCGUUUUCAUAACUAGAAAGCAAAAUAAAGUGAGAAAUAGUGGUGGAAAUCUCCAGUGAAAAAAUAAUGAAAGCAGAUGUGCUACAAUCACUUACUUCAAUAUUUAAAUGAAAUUCAUGUUACAUAGUUUAUAUUGAGUUUUAUUAAAAAUAUAAUUUGGUUGUUUUAUGGAAAAAUACCC